UUUAUUGAAACAUAGCAUAUUCUAAACAUAUUAGGGUGGAGAGCAACCAUAGAGCGUUGAAGAGAUGGUUGGAAUCGUCCACGGGUGGCUUUGACACAUUUUGGGCACAGUAUCACUCACAGAUGAAAGAUCAAAUUAACGAGAUACUAGCCGAUUUUGCAAAAUCAAAGAGGAUUCGGGCCCAGACGAUCAACGUGCCCGUAUUUAAAAUAUUGUCCAGUGGAAUUGUAACACAUAACGCUCUGCAGAUGUUGGACGAUGAGAAGGAUGAAGACAUAGACGGUUGCGUCUGUUAUAUGAGGAAAUGUCUUGGACUCCCAUGCAGACAUGAAAUUCGUGCAAAGGUGAAUGCACGACGUGGUGUGUUUUAUGCAGAGGAUGUCCACAUUUUUUGGAGGACAUUUAUUUCGGGAUUCGGGGAUUCCCUAGAUGAAAGUAUUGGUUCUGUUCCCGACCACAGGUCACAGGCUAUUGGCAGGCUAGAAGGGUUAAUGAAUGAGUUGCGUGAGCGGUCAGAAAUUGAGAUCACGGACGUGAAAAAUGUCAUUUUUGAACGAAUGCAUCCCGGGGCUAUGGAAAUGAAUGAGCCAGCAGUACUAGACAACCCGAGAGGUAGACCGCGGAAGAACUCUACACAGAGGGAUCGGUCAGGGCAUGAGUUUCCAUUAUAUCCGGGAGAAGGUGAAGAGUCUGGACGAGGACGAGGACGAGGACAAUCACGAGGCAACAGAGGGCGGGGUUCAUCUUCUGAGAGAUCUAGCCGUGGUCGUGCUCGUUCAUCGACCGUGAGUGGACCCGCAAUAGGUCAAAUUCCCCGACCCCCUUGGAUGCGACAACUUCAUUUCUGCCUUAUUCCGGAGGUUGUGACGUGGACGGACGUUCAAGGGGAUGGUAAUUGUGGUUAUCGAAGCGUCGCGUGUGCAGUGAAGAACCACGAAGAUGAUUGGAUGGAUGUUAGAUUGGAUGUUUAUAACUGUAUUAAAACCCACGAAGAGUUCUUCAAGGAUUAUUUCGGUGGUGGUAAUUUAGUGUAUCGGGUGUUGGCGAGUGUCGCUUAUUGGGACAACGCCCCAGCACCCUAUGAGAAGUGGAUGACUAUCACAGACGUGGGCGUGGUUGUGGCAACAUAUUACAACGCGUUGGGCAUAUAAGGCUCGACCGUAUCCAUCCAUCGAAUAGUCCCGUGAUGAACCGUCUUUGCAACUUCAGAUGCCACUUUCAAUCC